AUGCCACAACCAACUACUCGCGAGGAAGUCCUGGCCCGACUUCGCAAGACCGUCGACGAUGGCUCCAUCAUUGUUGGAGCUGGUGCAGGGAUCGGCCUGUCAGCCAAAGCCGUUGAACAAGGCGGCGCUGAUCUGAUUCUGAUCUACAACUCGGGACGAUUCCGCAUGGCAGGACGCGGUUCUUUAGCCGGUCUGAUGCCAUACUCGGAUGCUAAUAAAGUUGUUGUCGAGAUGGCCAGCGAGGUCCUUCCAGUGGUGGAGCAUACGCCCGUCCUCGCCGGCGUCUGCGGCACCGACCCCUUCCGCUCAAUGCCCCAAUUCCUCACCGAAUUACAGCGCAUUGGCUUCGUCGGCGUACAGAACUUCCCCACAGUGGGCCUCAUCGAUGGCCAAUUUCGAUUGAAUCUAGAAGAGACGGGGAUGGGCUACGACAAGGAGGUGGAGAUGAUCGCGACCGCGCACCAACUCGGCCUGGUCACCACGCCGUACGUGUUCAACGCCGAGGACGCAGUCAAGAUGGCGCGAGCGGGUGCCGAUGUGGUAGUCGCCCACGCGGGCCUGACUACCUCUGGUGCGAUCGGGGCCCUGAGCGGACGCUCACUAGAGGAUUGUGUGGGGUUUGUGCAGGAGAUCCGCGAUGCGGCGGCUGGAGUUAACCCCGAGAUUCUGGUCUUGUGUCAUGGCGGACCCAUUGCGCGCCCAGCAGAUGCAGAGUAUGUGCUUUCGCGGACCCAGGGCGUGCAUGGGUUCUUUGGAGCGAGUAGUAUGGAGCGAUUGCCGGUGGAGGUUGCCAUCAAGGAGAACGCGGCGGAAUUCAAGAAGUUGAGAGUGUCGGGCCGAAGUAAUUAG